CAGAUACCAUCAGCAGUUUGACAGGACAGCCGAGCCCCGACGCUGCUCACGCGGGGGAUGUCCGUCCCACCCUGCCGUGUCGAGAGGAGUCAUUGCGCGCGAGCUGUUAUAGCAGUGAAGACGCAACUGAAGUGUGUGUGUGUGUGUGUUUAUUGUAUUGUUUUAGGAAAUUAGAGUGACAGCUUCAAGUUUGAGAAGUGGACCUGCUCUCGUGCAGGACAUGAGCUCACCUGCUUCAACUUAAACUGCAGGUUCUUUUCUUUUGUUUUGUUUUUAAAGAGCAAAAACGCACCUGAAGUGAAACUGCAGGAUGAGACGAGGGGAGGAGGACUCGGACAUCACGUUACCGUUUGUGCCGACGGCGUGAUUUACAGUUUUUUUUUUCCCACCAUGGAGGAGAAGUUCAACAGACUCAUCUUCAUCCCCGUUGCGGCGGUGCUGUUCCUCAUGAUCGGCUACCAGUACGUGUGCCCGGCGGACAGCAACACCUGCUACUUCAGAAGUGACGAGAAGGGGCUUUUCCAGCGGUACUCAUCGGGGUUUGAGUUGGUUUACACCGAGCCGGAGGCGGACGAGGACCUUCCCUCCAGAAUCACAUCCAAAUUCAACUUCACGGAGCGGGACCUGGACCGGCACGUCGACUUCAACAUCCGCGGGGACGAUGUGAUGGUGUUCCUCCACAUUCAGAAGACCGGCGGGACGACGUUUGGGCGGCACCUGGUGAAGAACAUCCAGCUGGAGCAGCCGUGCGACUGCAUGCCCGGCCAGAGGAAGUGCACCUGUCACCGGCCCGGUAAAGCCGAGUCGUGGCUCUUCUCCCGGUUCUCCACGGGCUGGAGCUGCGGGUUGCACGCAGACUGGACCGAGCUCACCAGCUGUGUGCCGGUAGUGAUGAACAAGAGGGACAAGAAGAGUGCCCCGAAGAACAAAAGGAACUUCUACUACAUCACUAUGCUACGCGACCCUGUGUCACGCUACCUCAGUGAGUGGAAGCACGUGCAGCGUGGGGCCACUUGGAAAACCGCCCUCCACAUGUGCGACGGCCGCCCACCCACGCAGGACGAGCUGCCCGCCUGCUACAGCGGUGAAGACUGGACAGGUGUGCCCCUGGCAGACUUCAUGAGCUGCCCUUCUAACCUCGCCAACAACCGCCAGGUCCGCAUGCUGGCCGACCUCAGCCUGGUGGGCUGCUACAACAUGUCCUCAGUUAGUGAGCUGGAGCGAGGCCGCGUGCUACUCGCCAGCGCCAAGGCCAACCUGCGCAACAUGGCCUUCUAUGGCCUGACGGAGUUCCAGCGCAAGACGCAGUACCUGUUCGAGCGGACGUUCGGCCUGCGCUUCAUCCGGGCCUUCACGCAGAUCAACAGCACGCGCGCCGCCAGCGUUGGAAUCAGCGAGAAGGUGCGGUGGCGGAUCGAGGGCCUCAACGCCCUUGACAUGGAGCUGUACGAGUACGCCAAGGAGCUGUUCCUGCGGCGCUAUCAGUAUAACCGCCAGAAGCAGCACCAGGAGGAGCGUCUGAGGAGGUGGCAGGAGAGGCAGCAGAGGCAGCAGAUGCACAGGACCUAUCUGGCUCAGCUGUGGAGACUAGGAGGAGGAGGAGGGGAGGAGGUAGAGGAGGAGGUGAAGGUGCUCGAGGAAGUAGCCACUACAGAGGACUACAGCAGCCAGGUGGUGCGGUGGUGAGCCGAGCACAGGAACUUAAAAAACACCAAAUCACCGACUGAUCGCUGUUUGAUUCAUUGUGCUUUACUCUCCUCCCUCCGUCUCUCCUCUGCUGUGAAUCUGCCAAAACCUCCUGCCCUCAUAGCCUCGUAGCGCUUUGUUGGACUGCCGAUGGGUGUCUUAAUAUUUAUGAUGGAUGUGAUUGUAACGGCAACAUAAACAUUUUGUAUUUAUGUUUUUUCUUAAGGCUAUUUUUGGCACUGCAGUUGUGAAUUGUAUUUAUUUAGUCAUUAGCAAGUGCUUUGAAUGUUCUCAAAGCGGUGAAAAUGUUUCUUAAAAUUCGCUAAUAAUUAGUAGAACUGAAAAAAAAAAUGAAUGUGCUUCAUGAAGGCCAGUUUUAGUCUAUUUUAAAAAUGGUGAAUAAAUUGAAAGAUCCUCUGUGUCAUGUUUGUGAUUUAGCGCCGUGUUGAUCAGUGAAAUCUUGUAGUUACUCUGUGGUGUUUGGCUUCAUAAGAAUAUCAAAGCACAAACUUGGCAAUAGUCUGCAGUGUGUGUGUGUGUGUGUGUUUUUCUUUCUAACUGAUUAAGCUGCAAUAUACAGAAACAAUCAAGGCAAUUUCUUGCAGGAAAUGUAUUCAAUAAAAAAAAUAUGCAGCCCCCAGUGAUGUAAAUUUGUCCCUGAUGGACUCUCUCUGGUACGCAUGUGUACAUAAACGUGUUCUGCCUUGCUCCUUUUUCACAGCAUGUUCUCACCAUAAAAAUCUGAAAUCUU